GGUGACGUCACCAUCCGCAGGCUGACAGGAGCGUCCUCGACUUCUGGAAAAACCGCGGCUCAGACUGCCAGCGGUCCGGGACAGCGACGCUGCACGCACAGUGGGAUUCCGUGAGCGCCCCAGGAACCCGACGCCCCCACUCUGGAGCUCUUGGAAGGGAAGCGAGGCGCGGUGGCGGCGCUUCCGGCCUCCGACCGCCAGGCGGCGCUGUGACCUCAGCGUGACGGCUUGAGCACGACCGCGCAAGCGCAGUUGAAGCUUUUCCGGCGUUGCCGGCCCACGUGUAGGUCUCGUCUGAACUAUCUUUCGAGGGAGAAAAAAAAAAAAAAAAGAAAGAAAGAGAAAAAGAAAAAUGCCCAAAUUUAAAGCGUCUCGUGGGGCCGGGAGCCAGGAGAAGCAUGCGCCUCUGGCCGAGCAGAUUCUGGCCGGGGACGCCGUGCGGGCCGGGACCCGGGAAAAGCGGCGGGGUCGCGGGGCCGAGGAGGAAGAGUACGUGGGGCCCCGGCUGAGCCGGCGGAUCUUGCAACAAGCGCGACAGCAGCAGGAGGAGCUCGAGACCGAGCAUGGCGCCGGGGACCGACCCGCCAGGCCGCGGGAACGCGCCACGCGCCUGGGGCCAGGAGUGCCACAGGAUGGAUCUGAUGAUGAGGACGAGGAGUGGCCCACCUUGGAGAAGGCAGCCAAAAUGACAGGGGUAAACCACCAAGCAGAGGUGGUGGUAGACCCUGAGGAUGAGCGUGCUAUUGAAAUGUUCAUGAACAAGAACCCACCUGUCAGGCGCACCCUCGCAGACAUUAUCAUGGAGAAGCUGACAGAGAAGCAGACAGAGGUGGAAACUGUCAUGUCAGAGGUGUCGGGCUUCCCUAUGCCCCAGCUGGACCUCCGGGUCCUGGAGGUCUACAGAGGGGUCCGCGAGGUGCUAUCCAAGUACCGCAGUGGGAGACUUCCCAAGGCAUUUAAGAUCAUCCCCGCACUCUCUAACUGGGAGCAGAUCCUCUACGUCACAGAGCCUGAGGCCUGGACUGCAGCUGCCAUGUACCAAGCCACGAGGAUCUUUGCCUCUAACCUGAAGGAACGCAUGGCCCAGCGUUUCUACAACCUUGUCCUGCUCCCCCGGGUCCGUGACGACAUCGCUGAAUACAAACGGCUCAACUUUCACCUCUACAUGGCCCUCAAGAAAGCCCUGUUCAAGCCUGGAGCCUGGUUCAAAGGAAUCUUGAUCCCACUGUGCGAGUCUGGCACUUGUACCCUCCGGGAGGCCGUCAUCGUGGGCAGCAUCAUCACCAAGUGCUCCAUCCCUGUGUUGCACUCCAGUGCUGCCAUGCUGAAAAUUGCCGAGAUGGACUACAGUGGUGCCAACAGCAUCUUCCUGCGCCUGCUGCUGGAUAAGAAGUACGCACUUCCCUACCGUGUGCUGGACGCACUGGUCUUCCACUUCCUGGGCUUCCGGGCUGAGAAGCGUGAGCUGCCUGUGCUGUGGCAUCAGUGCCUCCUGACGCUGGCGCAGCGAUACAAGGCCGACCUGGCUACUGAGCAGAAGGAGGCCCUCUUGGAACUGCUCCGGCUGCAGCCUCACCCACAGCUGUCCCCCGAAAUCAGGCGCGAGCUUCAGAGCGCAGUCCCCAGAGAUACAGAAGAUGUCUCCGUCGCCAUGGAGUGAGAAGUCACCUGCCUGGCCCAAGGCCAUGGAAGGGUUCUAGGACCCUGUUGGUGACCGAAGACAACCAAAGACCUACAACAGGACACCAAGGGUUCCCCGGGCCAUCUGUGUCUCCCAGUCCUGGGCAGGAAGAACUAGAUAGCGGUCUGUGCUCGCUUCUGGGACCUAGCAAGAGUUGCCCCACCCAGGCUGGCAUUUGGCAUAAGCACCCUCUCCAACCGUAGUGUCAGUUCACUGGGAUGUGAUAAAGACAAGUCAGGUAUUUAUUGAAACCUCUGUUUUGGUGUGGUCCCUGGAGUUGGGAGUGGUUUUCUUGGUUGCUGGCUCGAGAUCCUCCCUCUCUUAAUGGACAGAUUUGUCUCUCCAGACUCAACUCCUCCUGUGUGCCCCAGGGAGCACGUGCUCUGCUGCCCUUGACAGGACAUGGGCUGCCCCGGGUCACUGCCAGUUUCUGCCAGGACCCAGAACAGAGUUGGAGAUGGUGGUGACAUAGCUGUAGGUGAAAGAACUUUAGCAGAAAACAGCCUUUGUGAUGGACAAACAGGCAGCAGGUUAGAAGGCUGAGAGUGGUUAGAUCCAGCCAGGCUCCUAUCUUUCCAGCUUUGUGGCCAAGGGAAACUUUACACCAAUGGUUGCAAACUAGAGCCAAAGGCCCAUUUUGUGUGGAGCUGAUGAGCAGAUAAUUAUCUAAUUUCAGUGGUUGAGGAGGAAGUUAAAAGGACAGUAUUUAUGACAGAUGAGAAUUAAAAGGAAAUUUCAGCUAGGUGCAGUGGUUCCUGCCUGUAACACCAGCAGAGCUGGGCAAAUGUAAGUGCCAAGACAGCCAGGGUGACGCAGUGAAUGCCACGCAUGGAGCAUAUCUAAACCAACGCACUGCAGGCUGUGAAAGGAGGAAUUUGACCAUACCCCACCCGAUUGCAUAUUUGAAGUGUCAUACUGCUACAGACAUACUUGGUUUUGAAAAAGUGCAUUUGUUCCAACCCAAUUAAUGUAUUUGGAAAGCUUGACCCUAACAGAUUUCAUAUUUGCUUAUGUGCCAUUUCCUCUUGGAAACAUGAGGUCAAUGCAAAGAAAGCUGAAGCCUGCUGGCCAACCCAGAUGACUCAUGCUUUGAGCUCCCUACCUCCUCCUCCAGCAGGGCUGGCCAUUCUUCCUCACCUCCAGAGGACACUGUAUCAGAACAAGUUGGGCCAGGUGUGGUGGCACACACCUUCAGUCCCAGCACUCGGUUUUAGAGCUAGAUGGAGAUCCUACCUUGAAAAAAACAGUUACUAUCCAAGGUCCAUUUCUACAAAGGUCAUCUUAUAGUUUCUUCCUUAACUAUUCAACAGGAAGAUUUCAUUCUUAUCCCCCACCCUUGCAGUAUUGGCCUUGCCAUUCUAGGGAGUUGAUUACAGAGAACAGACACACCAGGGCCUCUUAGCUACUGCAAACAAACUCCAGAUGCAUGCACCACCUUGUGCAUCUGGCUUACAUGGGUACUGGAGUCAAAGCUGGGUCUUUAGGCUUCCCAGGAAAGUGCCUUAACCACUAAGCCAUCUCUCCAGCCCAUUUUAGCUAUUCAAGGUCAGGUCUGGGAUUAAAGGUGUGCGCCUCCACGCCCAGCUCUAUCAGUUGUUUUGAGUCAGGAUUUUGCCAUGUAACCAGGCUACUUUAUAACUUGAGAUCUUCCUGUCUUUGGCUCUUGGGUGCUCCCUGAUCACAGGCAUGGGACACUAAAGCUGAUGGAAUCAAAAAUGAGUGCACAUAGCAAGUUUGUGCAGAGGCUAGAAGACAGUCUUGGGCGCCAUCCUCAGGAACAUCAUGUGUCGUCUUUGAGACUAGACUAGCUGACCAGUGAGCCCCUACCUGCCCAGGGACCUGCCUUUCUGUCUCUCCAGCACUGCCAUGCCCAUCGUUUUACGUGGAUACCACAGCUUGAACUUCAUUCCUCAUACUUGGCUUGGGUUCUACUCCUUGCAAAGCGAGCAAUUGACCAACUGAGCUCCCUCUCCAGCCUCCACUGAGUGUCUGCUCACCAGGAACAAGGAAGAGCUCGACAUGUGGUAGUUGUGUGCAUGUUUCUAAUGUGGUGUGUGUAUGGUGUAAGCAUGUGUAUAUGCAGAGGCAUGCCCCCCAUGCCAGGUGACCUCUGUUCUUGGUUUGAGGGAGCCUCUGUGACCCUGGAGCUACUUUCCUGUCACCGUCCUGUAAGCCCCAGUGACUCUUGUCUCCCUGGGCCUGGCUUUUUCCAUGGGUGCUUGGGUUGAACUUCCAGCCCUCAGGUUUGCAUGGUGCGUGCUGAGCCACCUCCUUGGCCCCAGGAAUCCCUGUGCACUGUUGGAGGGUGGUGGGCUAGACAGUCCUAGAGGACCACCUGUAGCUUGCAUUCUUGGUUGCUAUGCCUCAAGCCCCAUUUUUCAUAUCAGCCCAGGCUGACCUCGAAGUCAGUCCUCCUGCCUCUCAAGUGCUGGGAUUAAAGGUGUGCACCAUCCCACCCCAGCUUGACGUUCACUUUUCAUGGCACAGUAAUUUGUCGAAUGUAGACCACAUUCUAGACUUUAGUGUCUCCUAACCAGCCCCUCACAGAAGAGGGACUUCACACUUGUCUCCCCACCCCUUCUGGACACAGCCUACAACACCAUGGAAUCCCAAGAGCCAAAGCCAGUUUUAUUCCAGAAUCUUUAUUAAGGCAGCAUGAUGGUCCUAGGCCACCAGCCUGAACCUUGUGGCCUUAGGAAAGCCUGUGUCAACAGGGCUUGCCUCUCUCCUGACAGGGCUCUUCUACAGCAUCCCUGCCUCACCCUGUCCACUAGAGGAUGAGUAGAGAGCCAAAGGAGAGGAGGGUUAAGACCCCAUCCCAGGCGAUAGCAGCUCCUGGGCCACAAAGGGGUAGCAGAGGGGAGGGAACAGCAACCACCAGGGUCACCACCACUUGGGGGUACAGGGCCCACUGUACCCUCUUACAGUUGUACUCAGCAAUUAAUAAAUAAAAAUGACCUCAUCCUCCA